GGAGUAUCCGCCCAUGAAUUUCAAUACACGAUUGUAAAAUGGACAACAUUGUUUUGUGUUUCUUAGCAUAUGCUGUGAUGGCAACAGCGGCGUGGUCCAUACCUUACUACCCAGGACCCAGAGAAGUGCAGAGGUACACCAGAUACGCCCCACCUCCUCCACCACCUCAUUACAGAAUACCAAUACGUCAACCAAUCCAAGAUGAACCGCAAUGGCAAAGACCGAAACGGGACCACGAGGAUUACCACCACCACGACGACGACGACCAUAAAGGGUCGUCCAGCGGAGUCACAGGACCUGUACACACCUUUGUCAAAACUGAUAAGAAUGCCAAUUACAAAUGGGGGGUACGCCAUCACGUCGGUAACAAGUACGCAUCGUAG